CUCUUCCUCUGAGCUGCUGAGACGUCUCCACAAGGAAGGACACGACACUCCGCUGCUCGCUUUCCCUCCACCAAGCCUUCCACAUGAGCCAGCCAAGCCUUACCUCGGCACCAGGAUGAAGAAAGAAAAGAAAACGCAUGCUUUACUGUUUCUCCUCCUGCUUCACUUGAGCUGGGCAAGGCAAAUGGACUAUGCUCCGUAUUUUUAUGAUAACGGACCCAGCAGCACAAACGGUAACAUGGCCUUGUUCAGCAUAUCAGAGGAUACACCAGUUGGUGCGCAAGUGUACGUCCUAAACGGUACUGAUCCAGAGGGAGAUCCUGUGCGAUAUGGUUUGACCUUCGAAAAGGGCUCCAAGGAGUAUUUUAGGGUGGACUCCAAGUCAGGAAAUGUGACUUUAAUUCAAGAGCUCGACCGAGAAAAACAAAGUGAAAUCUCAGUUCUUGUCAGCGUAACAGACGGACGAAAUAAGGUGACGGAGACAGUGAGAGUGUUUGUCACCGACGCCAAUGACGAACCACCUGAAUUUCAGAACCUACCAUUUAUCGUCGAUAUCCCAGAGGACACUGCUCCAGGAACCAGCAUCUUCAGAGUCCAAGCCAUAGACAAAGACAUGGGAUCUGGGGGAAGUGUCUCGUAUUACCUGCAGAAUUCACCAUUUGCCAAGUUCACCAUUGAUGGGCACAGUGGGAUCCUCAGGGUCAAACCAGGCGAGACUUUGGACUAUGAGACCACGCCCACCCACUUUGUGACAGUGGUUGCAAAGGAUGGAGGAGGAAAGUACAAGGGGAGGCACCAGGUUAUGACGUCCACAGCCACCAUAACGGUCAAUGUAAUGGACGCCCAGGACAUGCCUCCGUCCUUCGUAGGAACCCCUUAUUUUGGAUACAUCUACGAAGUCUCAGUUCCUGGCUCUGAAAUAUUCACAGUUUACGCUAAAGAUGGAGAUCAAGGCAAUCCCAGACCCAUGCAUUAUGGGAUCAUCAACGGCAGUGAUGGUGUUUUUGACAUAAACAGCACAAGCGGAUGCAUCACUUUAACAACCUUCCCCUCCCUGCUGAGAAAUGAAUUAUAUGAAAUUAAAGUGAAGGCGUCUGAGGUGGGACCAGAUAACCAGCUGGGGGACUUCGACAUCACUACGGUGACGGUCCGGGUGGUGGAUCUGAACAACCACCCGCCCACCUUUUACGGAGAGAACGGACCUCAGAGCAAGUUUGAGGUGACCAUGUACGAACACCCUCCAGCUGGAGAGAUCCUCCGAGGGUUCAAGAUCACCGUCAAUGACUCUGAUCAGGGAGCCAAUGCUAAAUUCAAGCUGAGACUUGUUGGUCCAAAUCGCGUUCUGCGAGUCGUACCACAGACGGUGCUUAACGAAGCCCAGGUGACCAUCAUAGUGGAGGACGCAUCCGGCAUCGACUACGAGAAGGGCCCCACUCUGUCAUUUAAGCUGCUGGCCGUGGAAAUCGACACACCUGAGAGGUUCAGCUCGACCGCCGACAUCGUGAUCAACCUGUUGGACACCAAUGACAACGUCCCCAAAUUCACCUCGGAGUAUUACAUCGCCAGAGUCCCUGAAAACUCCCCAGGAGGCUCCAGCGUUGUGUCUGUGACAGCAAAUGACCCCGAUUCAGGGGGUUGGGGUGAAGUCAAAUACACGAUUUAUGGAUCAGGAUCAGAUUUGUUUUCCAUCCACCCGUCCACAGGCCUCAUCUCCACUCAGCCCUGGACCAGCCUGGACGCAGAGGUCCGCUCCAAGUACAACUUCUACGUCAAAGCCCAGGAUUCGGAGGGAAAGUACAGCUUGGCCGAAGUCUUUGUGACCGUCCUCGACAUGAACGACCACCCGCCGGAAUUCGACGAGAAUCUGCUGGAGAAGACGAUGAUUAUUGGCACGCCCGUCCGAGUGGAGGCAGUGGAUGACGAUGCAGAGUCUCCUAACAACGUCAUCGAGUACUCCAUCAUGAAAGCCGAUCCCGACAACGCCUUCGACAUCAACGCCGAGACGGGGGAGAUCAACCUGAAGCCCUACAUCAAGUCCAUGGAGAUCGUCCAGAACAUCACCAAGCAGAAGGACUGCACGUGGUCUCUGGUGGUCCAGGCCAGGGACAGAGGUUCUCCGUCCUUCAGCACUACGGCCGUGGUCAACAUCGACAUCACCGAGGCGACCCAUCUCAACGGGCCCAUGGCGGCCUUUUUAUUCAGAAGUAGGGACAAUCCCAUGAAAGCUCUAGGCAUGGUCAUUGGUAUCAUUAGCGUGUUAGUAGGCGUGACUGUCAUGAUCUCUACGGCUAUAUACAUGCGCAACUCUAAGUCAAACAGGAUCAUGCCAGCGCGUCGCAUCAUAAAAAGACGACCCAGGGACCAGCAGCCGCCGCCCUGGAUCAACAAAAUGCCCGUCUUCAAAUUCAACAACCCCGCUGCAAAGUUUGCAGUCGGCGACCCAGAAGCUAGCACCCGAGAAGACAGCAGCAGCUCCGCCUCUAGACCGAAACCCCCGCCCCCUAGCGCCCCCUGUCUGCCGCCGCCGCCCCCUUCCAACACCAGGCCCAGCGAGAGGCCCAGGGCGGUCCCAACAAUAUCGGGGGCCCUGGCUUCCAAAGGAUCCAAGAAGGCGAAAUCCGGACGUCGCAAAGAGGGGAACAUCAGCUCUGCUUUAGUGUCUGAGCUGAAAAUGAAGCUGGAGCAGAAAAUAAUAGAGAGCAACAAAGGAAUGUAUUAUUAACCCAACAAAGAACUUCAUUCUCCUCACUCGGUGACAGAUGUACUACUCGUAGCGACUCUGUUAAAAUGGUAGGUUUUCCCUACAUUUAGUACAUGUGUGAAGAGCAGGGCUGGGUGGUUAUGGCCAAAAAAAGUGUAUUUGUUUAUGUUUUUCUCUCACUUUGAUGAUUUAUGGU